AUGAUGUCCAUGUCUGCUCGCGUCGGGGCUCGUUCCCCGUACUUGCAGGCGACAAAGCAGACAGUUAAGAGCCUGCGGCUCGCGGACCUGCUGCCUUCUGCUGCGGACCCCAACAAGUCCUCCCAGGAGAGCAGUGAGGCCAGAAGGUCGUUCUCGUACCUGGUCACUGGCGCGACCACCGUGGUCGGUGUGUACGCAGCGAAGACGGUGGUCACCCAGUUUGUCUCCUCGAUGAGCGCGUCGGCAGAUGUCCUGGCCUUAUCCAAGAUCGAAGUCAAGCUCGGCGACAUCCCCGAGGGCAAAAACAUGACCUUCAAGUGGAGAGGGAAGCCCCUGUUUGUCCGUCACCGCACGGAGAAGGAAUUGCAACAGAGGAGGCCGUGGAACAUCGCGGAGCUUCGGGACCCCCAGCAUGACAGGGAGCGAGUGCUCAACUCCAAAUGGAUCAUCGUCCUCGGCGUGUGCACCCACCUGGGAUGUGUGCCCAUCGCCAACGCCGGAGACUAUGGAGGCUAUUACUGGCCGUGCCACGGCUCCCACUACGACUCUUCAGGGAGAAUAAGAAAGGGACCUCCGCUAAAUCUGGAAGUUCCCUUCUAUGAGUUCCCUGACGAGGAUACGGUCAUAGUGGGAUAAUGUGGUCUCGUUUCCUCUCAGUAAUAGGUAUUUUUUGAUGGCUCUUGUCGAGAGAUGAGUGACUAAAAUGUGUGUAAUUAUUAUUAAAGACAUAUUUCUAACUCUA